AUGGCCAAGAAGAGGAAAGCUUCAACAGCAAAAGGAUCCAGAAAGAAUGCAGCGAGCAAGAUUGAUCAGUUACUCAUCGAAAUGUCGAAAAAUUACACUCCUCCCCCUCCGGAGGUGUUUGCAGAAGUUGAGGAUAAGUGGGUCAGAGUUAAAGUAAGAUUGAUGAAUUGGGAAAACAUGGGAUUUCAGCUCCGGGUGAGGGAAUCGACUAACCUUUAUACAAUUGAACAAAAAAUCAGGGAAAGGCAUGGAGGUAGUAUCACAAAUGUAGUAUUUUGGAAAGAUGGUGUGAGUCCUGAAAAUGAAAUCGGAAACAAACCUGGAGAUUUAAAUAACACUCUCCGAUCGAUAUUUCAAUUUAAUCAACAAGCCGGAAGAUAUCUCGUAAAUGAUUCUAAGAAUGAUGGUCCAAAAAUCAAGUUGCAACAAGAAGAUGAAGGUAAUGAAAAUCCAAUGUCUGCGAGAAGCAGUAAGAAAUUUGAUUUAACCGAGGAAGUGAUCGAGGAAGAAUGCGACUAUGAAUGUACGAUAUUUUACGACUUUACUCCAUUUGAGACUGAUUGUCCACUUUUGCAAAACUCGCCUCGCUUAGCAGAACUUAAUUCAGCUGAAAAUUCCAGAGUCACCCAAAGGAGAUGA